AAACAACACAGGCGCUACCGGCGUCAAUUCAGUGAAAAAAAAGAACGGAAACGGUUGGGUAGUCAGGUGUAAGUGUACAAGCUGUCAUAAAGCAGCAAUGACUUCAGUUCAGCAUUUUAGAGAGUUUGUCAACAACCGACUAACUGCCGCUGCCGAGGAAAUAUUUGCCAUCUUUGAAAAAACUAUCGUCGAGUACGAAGAAGAGAUAAACCGUCAACGCAGACUGCUGGAUGUGGUUUGGAAAACUCAAGUACUGUUAGAGAGAACAGAGCUCCCACAGCAACAUGUCUCCAAAGAGACGGUUCCCACUGCCCAGCAGCUCAGCAGCAUGGAGAGAAACUCCAGUCUGGACCAACAGAACCCAGAUCUACCACAGGUUAAAGAGGAACAGGAGGAACUCUGCAGCAGUCAGCAUGGAGAGCAGCUUGUACUGAAGCAGGAAACUGAUAUCUGCAUAGGAGCUCUUACUCAUGAGGAAGAGCUCUCUCAGCUUUCACAGCAACAUGUCUCUAAGGAGGAGGAGGAGGAGGUUGUCGCUGAACAGGAGGAACUCUGCACCAGUCAGGAUGGAGAGCAGCUUGGACUGAAGCAGGAGACUGAUACCUUUAUGCUGACUCUUACUCAUGUGGAAGGCAACUACAGUGAAAAUCAAACUCUCUGCUUGAACCCCAAAGACUCUCAAAUGGCAGCAGAGGAAAAAUCUGUACCAGAAACGAACUCUGACUACCAGCUACUCUCUUACAAAUCUCAUUUAGCUGAGAGCCAAGAUCACAGAGGAGGAAAGCGUGGAGGCUCAGUGUCAACAGAAAAUGCAGAGACAAAACCACGGAAGAGACAUCACAAAAGCAAUGAUGUGCGCAAUCAUACCAUGUUACAGAAUUUCUGUAAUUCUCCCACAGGAAAAAAGUCUUUCAAAUGUGAAACUUGUGGCAAAGCAUUUCCAUUUAAGUCCAGAUUAACCGUACACCUGAGAAUCCACACAGGAGAGAAGUCAUAUUCUUGUAACUUCUGUGGUAAAAAAUUCAAUGCAAGAAAUGCCCUAAAGGUUCAUGAAAAAUUCCACACAGGCGGGUUACCGCGUUCUCAUAAUAUGCAGGAAUAGUUUUUGAGAAAUGUCACAAAGCAUGAGAAGACACAUAGCUGAGAAACCUCACCUUUGAUUAGAGACACAAAACUCCAUGCAAAUUAAAUGCUAUAUAUUAAUUUGGUGAUUUGUCUGUUGAUCUCUUGCUUGGCAUUUAUCAUCUCAAACUGGCAAGUGGCCUUGUAUUUGCAAAAUGCGUUAUACGUCUUCUGCAAAAUGCAUCUGUUGAAAAGAGUUUGCCAGCUGUUUUGUCAAACAACUCUCAGUUUUUCCUUUAUUUGACUGUAUCAUUAAGAAUGUGCUAAAUGACUAUAUUUCUAGUUUAAUGUAGCCUAUUGACUAUUAGCAGCUACUAAUUUCUGUUUGAAGCAAUAUUUCUUUAAAACAAUUAUUUCCCAUAUCUUGACUAAUUAUUUUUUAAAUUUAAAUGAACAUCCUCUUAUUCUUUUUUUACUGUUUUUGUCGUACCUCAGUCAAAGUACAUUCUGUGAACACUCAGUGAUGUGUCAAAAUGAAUGAAGGAAAUAAAGUGUUUUUUUCUGA